ACGUGCACUCGCUGCGCGCUACCCUAAACAGAGGGCGCGAUACAUACUUCGGUCCCAGCAACAUCGGAAGGAGAGAUAGAGAGAGAGAGAGAGAGAGAAAGAGAGAGAGAAACCUCAUGUCUGUGUGUCCGUCUGCUGCUGUCAGGGGCUCUGCAGCCUCCACACAGUCCCGAGGACAGAGGCCGAGACAGAGGCAGAGACAGAGGCAGCGCCGCGGGGAUACACGAAGGCUCGUUUGUAGCGGGUUAUAAAUGACUUCCAGCAGCUGAGGAAGGACAGAGCAGAGAGAGGAGCAGACAGUUAGCUACAGGGACGUAAACAUUGCCAUGCCCUGCUUCAUGCACCACGACCCUCCAUCCUCCUCCUCCUCCUCCUCCCCCCCUCCCUGCUGCUGCUGCUGCUCUGGUCCAGGACAGAGGCAUCAGUUUUGAGCAGAGGGAAAACACAACGCUGCCGACGAAGGUAAAUAUUUUGGUGAAGUUGUGUUCGGGAUAGUAAGCUGCUGCUCCUGCGGGCCACCGUCUCUCUCUCUCUCUCCCCCUUUGCCUCCUCCUCUUCUCUCUUCUCCUUGCAUCCUGCAUCAUCCUGACUUUGCUGUGUCCCUGCUCUGCGGCCAUGCUGCAGGCAGCAGCCUCAUUCUGCGACCUGUUCCCGACCUGAGCUUCACCUUCAGAGAUUAACAAGUUCAACAAAGGCAGAAAACGACUUCUUUUUUCAUGGGGAUCAUCAUUCAUGUUGUCUUCUUUGAUGUGGUUGUGAUUCCCCAGAAUGCUUCCAAACUGCACACUCUGUACAGAUGUGAUCACCCCUGACAUCUUCAUGUGCAAAGUGUCUCAAACUUGCACCAAACCCACCUCUGCACGACUGUUAGGUGGGACCAGUCUCACUUUACUGCUGAUUUGAACGCAGCACCAUCAUGGGUGCUAAGCAGACCAAAGGCCAGGAGUCUGGAGGAGGAGCCAGUCCCCAGCACAGCUGGAGGCGGACGCCCACCAAGGAGCGUGGGGACAUCCUGGCGUCCCUCAUGCUGAAGUCUGGGGACAGGUUGAGCCGAGGUGGGACGCCGCCACCGUACCAGAGACGCAUCGGCAUGAUCCAGGAGAUGAUGCUGAUGGCCAAGCAGGGCAAACAGGACGAAGCUACAGAGAUGCUGAAGACACUCCGACAGGACCUGGGUAUGGAGUCAACAUCCCUGGAUGACGUGUUGUACCGCUACGCCAGCUUCAGAAACCUGGUUGACCCCAUCACACAUGACCUGAUUAUCAGCCUGGCGCGAUAUGUCCACUGCCCCAAAACGGAGGGCGACUCUCUCGGCGCGAUGGAGAAGGUUUGCCGUCAGCUGACCUACCAUCUCAGCCCCCACUCGCAGUGGAGGAGGCAGGGCCUGCUCAAGAGGAAACCUCAGGCGUGUUUGAAGGCGGUGCUGUCGGCCCCUCCAUCCAGCGGGGCAUUGGAUUUGUCCGGCAUCCCUCUGACGGCUCGAGACAUGGAGCGACUCUGCGCUCAUCUACAGCACCACGCGUCCACCGUGGUCAGCUUGGAGCUGGGAUUCACUGAGUUAACGGAUGAGGCUUUCCUCCUGCUGCUGCCCACGCUGGCUGCCCUGCCACACCUGGAAACUCUAGCACUGAACGGGAACAGGCUGACCAGGACCAUUCUGAAGGAGCUGACUGAUGCCCUCAAGGAUCCAGGCAGUUUUCCCAGUGUCACAUGGAUUGAUCUGGGAAACAACGUGGACAUCUUCUCUCUGCCACAACCCUUCCUGGUCAGCCUGAGGAAGCGCUGCCCCAAACAGGGCAACCUACCCACCAUCCUGGAGUUCGGAGAGAGUCAGGCCAGCGAGCCGCCUGAGAGGCUGAGGGGGCUAGAGGAGGAGGAAGAGGAGACCGACGACACAAACUGCACCGAGAGCAUGGGCGAGCUCCGGUCUGAGGUGGAGGAGGAGCUGGACGGCGAGAUGGAGAUCGAAGAGAUGAUGGAGGAGCUGUUGGACUUUGACAGGCAGGUGCAGGGCAAGGAUGAGGAGGAGAGUAUGUGGACGGUGCAGGAGCAGAGGAAAGGGGGGAAGGGGUGGGGGAGGAGAGAGAGGGACAAGGGCGGAGAAAAGGAGGCGAAGAGGAGAGCGACAGAGAAGCAGCAGCAGAAGCUGGGGGGGAGGGCGGUGAUGGUGGAGGAUGAUGAUGAGAGCCGCUCCUCCCACCUGUCCUACUCCAGCCACUCGCAACACUCCUCUGGAGCUGCUGAGCCAACGAGAGCGGAGGAGGACGACCUGACCGACAAAUCAGACCACUUGACCUGAUUGCUGCUCUCCGCUCAUGCUUCCCCUCGGGAAUCGAGCCUCGGUGUGUGAAAGGACACAACAGAAGGCUCCGACAGAGUGGGCUGAAAGUCAAACAGGCUGCGGCGAUGGAAGGAUAUGUCACUCAAUACCCACUCUACUGAUCCGAUUUGUGACCAAACCACAGACGUGUUCAGAUCCUGGACGAGUGACAGCUGCACCCAGGUGACUCUGUGACUGACAAUCUCUUACGGGACGCAUGUUUGUUGGAUUCAACUGCAAACAAUCUGAAGUCUGACUGACUAAUUGUAUCACCUUUGGCUUUUAUCUAUCCAAUGAUAACCUUUAUUCAGGUCCUUCCUCCUGGUAACCCUGGUAACACCUUCAUGUGCCUGUAACACAUCACAGACUGGUUGAUAAUGGUAAUAGAAGAGAUAUAUAAGAACAAAGCCUCAUAGAAAAUAAGCCAGGAGCCAUGAAGCUUUGAAAAAAAAAAAAAAAUGUUUUUAUGCCAAAAAGAAAACAGUUUGAAAUGUUUAAAAUAAAUGUCUCCCUCCUACAUAGUGCACGUCAACUAGUAGCCAGAUGGAUGAGAAGCUAGCCAGGAAUCAAAAGUCAAGUCGACAGAUUCGUAGAAAUCAGUUGCUACUUGAGAAAAGGAGCAGAUGCACAGUCAGAACAGAAGUGCAGUGAUGGUGAUAUGAGUCAGCUGAAACCAAAAGAACUUACACUAGCAACAGUUUAAGAAAUGGACUGCAACAAAACUGGCUGCAAACGGUACAAUGUGGCCCCUGAUCUGAACAAUAGUUUGCUGAUUUUAAUGCCAUGUCUCUAAAGUCCUGGUGUGUCCAGUCCAAAGACAUUUAGUUUCCCUCAUAAUCCAGGUCAUGUGUCACGUCACAGUACUGUACACUUGUGUGUAUCACAUGUUUAUAGUGCUGUGUUUAUAUAUAAGCUGCAUAUAUCUAUAUACUGUAUACUAUGUAGCGCUCACCCUGUCAGUCCAUAAGAAUAAGAUAUUUCUAAUAUAUAUAUAUAUCACUGAAUUCAUGGCAACACAUGUUCAUUUUGUUGCCUGGGCUUUGUCCAAAUUAUAUAAAUGUAUGUGUACGUGAGUCAUAAGGCACAGGUUACUGAUAGGUAGAGAAUAUUCCUUCCUGCAGACACUAAUGUGAAACUGUUAAAACUGAGUAAAAAUGUAUAUCUGGUUCACACCUUUACACAUACAGUGUCUCACAC